AUGCCGGCCCUACGCAAAUCCGCCCGCGCGCCACCUCACAGCCGGUCCAGCACCACGCCGUAUGCCUCGCCUACAGGCACCCCCAGCGACUCGGCCGGCGGCAAGAGACAGAGCUUAAUGACUGAGUGGACUGAGCCGGCGCCUCAGACCCUCGCGCCCUCGUUUGAAGAGCACGGUUUCGCCAGGCACGGCGUGCUCGAGACCAUGGCGCCCUUGGGUGUGCCCCCGUCCGCCAAAGUCAAGCAGAAGACGCGCGCAAUGGGCGAGACGGCUGCCCGUAAUGCCGCUUUUGGCAAGGGGACUGCUGUCUAUGGUGACGGCAUCGAGUCGACCCCGGAGGUGACGCCCGCGCCAGAGCUCGAGGCUGAUGACUCUGAGCGGCAAGACGAGGAUCUGAUGCAGGUCGACUUUCCGCUGCACGAAGAGGAGGAAGACGACGACUACGAGCCGACCAAGACAAAGAAGAAGGGCAAGGUCUCCAAGACACCGGUCAGGGGCAAGACGCCUGUGCAGGGUAGGACGCCUGUGCAUGGAAAGACGCCAGUCAAGAAUGGCACGAGCAAGGGCGCAUCAGUCUCCGCGAGUCCUGCGGUCCAAGCUGUCCAGCCCGUCGAGUUUCCUCUCUCCCUGCAGACCGAAGCCGCGCAACGCAUUCACACCGCCGUGAACGACGCCAUCCUGCGUGCGAACAGGGCCGAGAAGCGGCAAAUAGGCGUUGCAUUGAAAGAGCUGUGGCAGAAGAGCGAGAAAGAUGACACGAUAUCAGACAUAAUUGAUGCCAUCCUGCACGAAAACUACACAGACGAACAGUGGCAAAUUUUCCGCUCGUUCAUCAAGGCCUCGCGCAAGCGACAAAGGAACCAGGCCAAGUUGAAUCGCCUGCAGGAUGAGAAUGGCGGCCAGAGAGCGGCAGGUUUCUACGCAGCGUCCAGUCGACCCUCACCGCGAGCCAGCAGUGAAGUCGUCCCAGAGGAUUCUGCAUCUGCAGCCUACGAUAGGGCUGAUCAAGAACUCACAAACACCGGUGCAUCCGCUACCCAAAAUGCUCAUCACGCGUUACAAACCUCCAUAGAGCAAAAUUCAGGCUUGGCCCCACCUCACCCUUUCAACGCGGCCCCGGCUAUUCCGGCAGAGUCGCGCACUGAACCAUCAUCAAGGACGCACUCAAAGUCACCUCGCAAGAGGGCCGCGACGAAUGGCCACCCUGCGCCUGAUGUCGAAAUGGAUCUCGAUGGUGGUCUUUCGACAACAGCGCCCACGCCUGCAGGUAAAACACCUGAAUCAGGUGGUGGCAGUGAUUCGGAACUGUCUGAUGUCAACGAGGAGAUCGUUCAGAAAGGGCCACCAGAGCCCGUACAGGGCAACGGCAAGGCGGCGACUGCUGUGGCAGCUGCCGCUGCAAAGAAAGCGAAGAGCGCUGCCAAUGCCCGAGCUGCGAAGAAGCAAAAGCCUAAUUUGGGAAAGCUGUUUGGCAAACAUGCAGCGAAACAACAGCAACCAACGCCUGAGCAGCUCCUAGAAGACGAGAAGGCAUACGAGCUGCGGAAAGAGUUGGUGAAGCAGCAGCCGAUCCGACGACCUGAGUUUAACGACUUUGAGGUGUCUGACGUCCGCUUCGACGACGAGAUCAAUGACACAGAAUCUUUGACCGAGUCUCAGAUUGCAGUAGGACCACCAGUUGAUUCUCAUCAGCCGCGCCGAGCUGGCCGAGUGCCUCAUCACAGUGCGAAGCGGGUACGAGAGGACGGAUACAGGUUUUCGUCCCCUCUAGCUGAAUCGACUGCUGGCACACGACCAUCAACGCCUGCAGUUGGACCAGCGACAAAGAGGCUCAAACUUACGCACGGCAGCACUGCAAGGACAAAACGAUCACCGGUUAAGAAUUACCGAGAUGGUCCUAUUGCUGGUGUAGCCUACGUUAACGGUGGCGGUUCGAGACAGUCGGGGCCUGAUGACCUUUACCGCAAACUCGUUGUCAUCAGACAGCCGAAGAGUGCGACCGAAGAGUCUACUGAGACGCACUUGAACCUGGGGCCUAUCUUCAAGACUUUGGAGCGUACUAACCCCCGCGCGUUUGCUCUGCCCCACGAUAUUCAACACGAGUUCGAGGGUGUCUCCGCGAAAGCUGAUGGCUCAUAUUUCGAGGAGGUCAAGAAGUUCCCACUUACAAAGCACAGCGGCUAUGGCUACCAGAAGCCUGACUACACGAAGGUGUUUGAUGCCGAUGGAAAGCCUAUUUUGUGCACGCAGUGUGGCCUUUCAAGCGGCAGCAAGCGUCAGUUGUUGAAGUGUGACUUCUGUCCCGCGCACUGGCACUUGGACUGCCUUGACCCGCCUCUCGCUAACCCGCCACACAUCAGCGUUGAUUCUUCUCAGCGAGAUGCGUGGCGAUGUCCGCGUCACAUCGAGCAUGAUCUUCGCAGUGGCCAACUUUUCCAGAAUGAUCUCAAUGGCGAUGUCGAGAUGGCGGACGCCGCGCCGGCUGCCCGGGUCGCACGCAAGAUCCGAAAGCGCAAGCAUCCCAAGAUCAUCGAGCCUACGUUCUCUCGCGGUAUGCGCAACAACGGCUUGAUUGAGCUUAUCAAUGAUCCCGACGACGACACUGAUGGCGAAGGCAACUACGUGUUUGGUCCCGAUGACCCCAAGGACCUCAACUCAAAGGUGUUCCGUGUGCCCGAGAAGGGAGUCAUCCUCGACUUCGUCAGCAAGGUCAAAGGCGGCCGUGUUGCGAAGCACUCUGAUGCGCAAAACAAGGCGAUGGUCGCUGCACAGCACAAUGCCACGAUGCAGAACUUCAUCGCGCGUCCCAUGGCUCAACAGCAGGCAGCACUCAAUCUAGCACGAUUUGCCAACAAAGAGAAGGACAUCGGCCUAUCUGAAGGCAAACUCGACUUGCUUCUUCUCACGCUCACUGCCGAAGCCAACAACGAUGUCACCACUGCCCUUGACAACGCCGGACCUCCUUCAGUCACCGAGAGCGAGCGUGAGUCGCUACUGCAGCUUCAAGAGCUCAUUUCGCGCCGUCUAAAGGGUUGA